AUGCUGCAAAGAUCUGUAAAUGAUGUGAAAACAGAUAAUAUGGAUUCUGAAUGUCAACAACGUGUCCCACCUACUACUUCAAAUAGACGACGUCAUGAAUUGGAUGUAGACCAUGAACGAGGACGAGGGCGUGGGCGAGGACGAAGUCAAGGUCGUGGUCGAGGUCGUGAUCCAGUUUCGGUAGAAUAUGAUAUCCUCAGUGCCAGUCAAAGUCGGAGCCGAAGUCAAAGACGAGUUCAAGGUUAUGAUAUGCUUGACAUUACUGUGGAGGAUGCCUCUUUACCUAAUUCUCCUCUUGUCCAGGAAGAGGACCUUACUCAUGCUUUUCCAGGUGGACCGACUGAUCCAUCAAUACUGCGGAGUUUCAAUAGUCAUGUCGCUACAGCUGUUUGGCACGGGGAGUGGUCAGUAAACAACAACACCAGAUUCAAAGCCAUUAUCGCGCAGUCUGGGCUGUCUCAGUUAGCUCGUUGCACUUAUCUGUUCGUCAACAAGCUUCUAAUCUCUAGUUUUGUUGAGAGAUGGCAACCUGAGACGAACACAUUUCACAUGACAGUUGGUGAGAUCACCUUGACCCUGGAUGAUGUUGGCACUAUUCUUGGCCUUCCCGUUGUAGGCAAAUCAGUCAACGUACCAGAUGUGACAGAUCAUCAUGGAGUUACACUACUGGUUUAUGGCUUAGGGAUUACUGAACGUGCAACACAUGAAGAGGUUUCUACUGCUGGUGGCAAUUCAGUCAGGCUUGAGUGGUUGCGAAGUCAGUUUGCUGGUGUCACAAAUUCAGACCCCGAGGAGGCUAUACAGUGCGUUGCUAGAGCUUAUUUGUUGUUUCUGUUGGGAUGUACAUUCUUCAGUGACAAGAGUGGCGGCAGGGUUCCUGUUGUUUACCUUGGCUUAUUGAUGGAUUUGGGAUCCAUUCAUACUUACGCCUGGGGUGCUGCUGCAUUAGCAUUUUUAUACAGACAGUUAGGGUAUGCUAGCCGGUCUGGGGUUAAGCAGAUGGGUGGUUAUAUGACUCUUUUGGAGGAGUGGAUUUAUGAGCACUUCCGAGCAUUCCGACCUCGCCAGAACAUGGGCUACAAUGAAGAUAUGCCACACGUGUACCAUUGGGCAUCUAGGAGAGAGGCGGGUUCUUCCAUUGAUCAUUUGAAAUUUUUUCAGGCCGAGCUUGACAGUUUGGUAGCUAUUGAUGUUAUUUGGGAUCCAUACCACAGCUGCAGAAAUCGGCAUCCAUGUAACCCGGUUACGUUCUACCAAGGAUGCUUAAAGUGCUUAGACGUUGUCGAACCCUAUCAUCCAGAUAGAGUUCUGAGGCAGUUUGGCAAGGUUCAAACCAUCCUAGAUGCACCGUUAGCUCCCAGUCGUGGUGCUCGAGGCAACAUAUCUGCACGAUAUACAGUCAUGUAUAGAUACUUGGAUAGGAUUUGGGAGGCUUGGGAUAACCACGUGUUAUCUGAGCAACGAAGGAGCACACCAGUUCGUCAGCCUUAG